CUACGCCAUAAAUAUCAUCGAUUUGUUGGCAGUCGGUGUCGCCAGGUACUCAUCCAGAUCAUCCCCACCUUCGUCGACUCCACCGGUCAUCAAACUCUCUCGUGAGGACUGCAGUCACGAUCGAUGAUCCAUCGACAUCAUGUCCCGCGAAACCGUUGAUCCCACGUCGUGUGCCUUCCUCUAUCGAGGCCAGCCCCAGCCCAAGUCCGGCGUUUUACGACGCUUGGCGCAAUGGAUCUGGUCGGCCUGGCCCGUCGAUCCCGACUCUUCUUCUCCCGCCGGCAUCCACCCAGAUCCUACACCCGACCCAGACGAUCGCAAUUAUACCGUAUCCACCGGACGCUGCGGAAACCCCCGGGCGGCGGCUUUGGCAACCCCGCGAUAUCUGCCUUCCCCGAACGACCCGCCGGUGCCGGAGGUGUCAAGCUAUCCCUGUAAGGCGUGUCGGACGUGGGGUGUCGCGUGCGACCGCCAGCAACCGCACUGUUCACACUGUCUGGACCAGCAGAUCCUGUGCUUCUAUAUCCCCCCGCCACGGAAGAUGGUCAACCGGAAGAAAGCGCGGGUUGGCGUCGUGGUGUCGGAUGGACAAAGUAUCGGAGAAGUACCGAUUGAAGGACUCAAGUAAAAUGUUACAUAGUAUCUCGUUGAGAAUAUAUAUCCGCGGCCCGGAUCUGAUCCGGCCGUACUUAUUCCUGGUUGUUCUCGCGAUCGGAGAGGAAUCCCGAACGAUGCGUGAUGGAUCGGAUCAGCGACAGCAGCGGAGCACUGUGUGCCG